AUGGCAAUCUGUAUCACCUUUGGUACUCAUGAGUUCACCUCCAUGCUGGAGGGCUAUGAGAAUGUCCGCGCCUACUGCUACAACUGCCAACACUGGAAUGGACAUUGUCUGACCCGAUGGCCUUUCUUCACCGUCUGCUUCGUUCCCGUGAUUCCUCUUGCCAUGCACAAGUACAAAGAGGUUACUUGCUACACCUGCCGCUUUACUCAGGACUUGCGUGAUCGGCCUGACAUUACGCCUGAGACACGGCCACCACCACACAUGCAAUGGGGGCCCCAGCCUCCCCCUGGUGCUCAAUGGCAGCAGCAGCAACCCCAGUUGCAGUCGCCACCAGUCGCGCAUGGCGCCCAGCAAGUGCCCGAGAGUUACAAGUGA